CUGGGCUAUACAAGCAUCCAGUCAGCGAGGAGGAGGUCACGUCAAGCAGCCUCCAUUCAACAACACCGAGUGGUACCGACGUGACAGCGUGGACACAGAAACAAACAGAGCUGCUGUAUAGUUUUCUUUUCACCUCAUGUUUGACUCUUAACGGACGGUUGCCAUCAUGACAGAGGAGGAAACCAUCAACGUAAAAGAGGUGGAGAUCAUCAAGGUGAUCUUGGACUUUCUCCACUCCAGGAAGUUGCACAUCAGCAUGCUGGCGCUGGAGAAAGAGAGCGGCGUCAUCAAUGGGCUAUACUCAGACGACAUGCUCUUUCUCAGGCAACUGGUGCUGGAUGGCCAGUGGGAUGAGGUCUUGCAGUUCAUUCAGCCGCUGGAGUGCAUGGAGAAGUUUGACAAAAAGAGGUUCCGUUAUAUUGUGCUAAAGCAGAAGUUUCUGGAAGCCCUGUGUGUGAAUAACGCCAUGUCUGCUGAGGAUGAGCCACAGCAUUUGGAGUUUACCAUGCAGGAGGCGGUGAAGUGUCUGCAUGCCCUAGAGGAGUUCUGUCCCUCAAAAGACGACUACAGCAAACUGUGUCUACUGCUCACCUUGCCUCGCCUCACAAACCACGCAGAGUUUAAGGACUGGAACCCCAGCACGGCCAGGGUACAGUGUUUUGAGGAGGCCUGCACCAUGGUGGCCGAGUUCAUCCCUGCAGACAGGAAGCUGAGUGAGGCUGGAUUCAAAGCAAGCGGGGAUCGUCUCUUCCAACUGCUUCUCAAAGGAGUCCUCUAUGAGUGCUGUGUGGAGUUUUGCCAGAGCAAAGCGACGGGUGAGGAGAUCACUGAGAGCGAGGUUCUGCUGGGCGUUGACAUGCUGUGUGGUAAUGGUUGCGAUGACGUGGACUUAUCACUUCUGUCGUGGAUGCAGAACCUGGCCCACAGCGUCUUCUCCUGCGCCUUUGAACAGAAGCAGCUUAACAUCCAUGUGGACCGCAUAGUCAAACCCGCAAAAACCGGCUACGCUGAUUUGCUCACGCCACUCAUCAGCAAACUGUCUCCGUAUCCAUCCUCCCCCCUGCGCCGACCCCAGUCGGCCGACACAUACAUGUCACGCUCUUUGAAUCCAGCACUGGAUGGAUUGUCUUACGGGCUGUCCGGCCAGGAUAAGCGAGCGAGUGGCGGGGACGUUGCACCGGGUAAAGGGGUCUCUCCUAUGUCUCACUCCUUUGCCAACUUCCAUUACCCUGGAGCAGGCGGGCAGAACCUGAGUAGAAGCCUCAUGAUGGAGAGCUCUGACUGCCACAGCAUCUUUGAGGAGUCGCCUGAAACGUCGAGGACAGAAACUCCUGUGGACAAAAUGAUGAAUUCUGGUGCAGCUCAGAACUCGCGUCCUGCUUCUGCUCCUGGGGAGGAUGCACCUCCAGCUGGCUCUGCUGAAAGGAACGAGCUGUGGGACUCCACCGAGAAGUAUGAGGAGUAUUAUCGUCAGCGCUUGCGUGUGCAGCAGCACCUGGAGCAGAAGCAGCAGCAGCGGCAGAUGUACAAGCAGAUGUUGCUGGAGGGAGGAGUGCAGCAGGAGCCCCCGCCUGGUGACAUGCAGCACAGCCUUACGGAGAAGUUCCUCAACAGGUCCAUCCAGAAGCUGGAGGAACUCAAUGUGGGCAUGGAGAGUUUAGGAGAGGAGGUGAAGUCCUUGGCGCAGCAGUGUAAUGGCAACCCACCUACUUCCGAGUGCAACAACAAUCCCCCAUCCACCACCCCGGAGCACAACAGGAGCCGGGGGAGCGGGGUGCUGAGCAGUACUCCACAGCAGCAAAUAGCAGGAGGCCGUGUGGUCCUAGUCCCAAAUGAGUCCCCUGUUGUCUCACAGAGUGGUCAGAAUCACAAGGCUGGUUCACAUGGUGAUUCCCCAGGAUCAUUGUCUCGCAGUAAAGAGGGUGACAAAACAAAAAGCUUAUUUGUGCCAGUACACACUCUGGAGGACACUCAGGCUAUCCGUGCAGUUUCCUUUCACCCGUCGGGGGCGCUCUAUGCCGUCGGAUCAAACUCUAAAACACUUAGAGUCUGCGCUUAUCCAGAAACACUGGACCCAAAUGGCUCAAGUCCAGUGAAGCAGCCAGCGGUCCGCUUCAAGAGGAACAAGCACCACAAAGGUUCUAUCUACUGCGUGGCCUGGAGCCAUUGUGGACAGCUGCUAGCGACAGGAUCCAACGACAAAUAUGUCAAAGUUUUACCUUUUAGUGCCGAGACGUGCAACGCCACAGGUCCAGAUUUAGAGUUCAGCAUGCAUGACGGCACCAUCAGGGACUUGGCCUUCAUGGAGGGUCCAGAAAGCGGUGGAGCCAUCUUGAUCAGUGCCGGCGCGGGAGACUGUAACAUCUACACCACAGACUGCCAGCGAGGACAGGGCCUGCAUGCCCUCAGUGGACACACUGGUCACAUCCUGUCUCUUUACACAUGGGGAGGCUGGAUGAUUGCAUCUGGCUCCCAAGACAAGACGGUGCGUUUCUGGGACCUCAGGGUGCCCAGCUGUGUGCGAGUAGUGGGCACCGCCUUCCACGGCUCAGGCAGUCCAGUCGCCUCAGUAGCGGUUGACCCGAGUGGGCGUCUCCUAGCAACAGGACAGGAGGACAGCGCCUGCAUGCUGUAUGACAUCAGAGGGGGGCGCAUCGUCCAGGUGUACCGCCCACACGGCAGUGACGUGCGCUCUGUCAGGUUCUCACCCGGUGCACACUAUCUGCUCACUGGCUCCUACGACGCCAAGGUCAUGGUCACCAACCUCCAAGGUGACCUGACCAAGCAGUUGCCUCUGACCGUGGUGGGCGAGCACGGCGACAAGGUGAUCCAGUGUCGAUGGCACCCCGACGACCUCUCCUUCCUGUCAUCCUCUGCCGACCGCACCGUCACGCUGUGGACUCACAACCCAUAACUACACACAUACACACUUUAUCGGGAAAAGACACACUGCAACUGCUUCUGCAUCCCACACAAACACAUGAAAACCACACGGUGCAUCUGUCACGGCAAUGGGCACAAAACACUGGCGGUGACACACACUCGCACACAAAUGCAGACACACACAGCACACAAACAGCUUGCAUGCGCUUUUAACAAACAGGACCGGGCUCUUUUUCAUCAUAAUGGUGCCUUUGUUGAAUUCCAGAUCAAAUUGUUAACUCCAUAUUCCAUCUUGUUGUUCCGCAUCAAUUUCCUCCAGCUGCUAUCGUUUUGGGAAUUGUGAUAACUCUUUGUGCAAGCUUGAAUCGGCAUUUUGCUAUCUGCUGUUGUUUCCCCGUGGGACGUGGCGACGUGUUGCUGUUCCAUGUUUUUAAAAUGGAAUAAUCAGUGGGAGGGGGGUUCCCUGCAGGAGCUGUUAUACGUUAUAAGCCAUUGCAAUGAAAGAUUGUUAGGGAAUACUAGUAAAUUCUGCUGUACUAAGGUAAGAACAGUAGAGGGCGGUGUAGACUUUCAAUUGUAUAACAUAUUUAUUUUAAAGCCAGUAUUUCAUUUCUUAACAUGUAAUGCACUUUUUUUUAACAUCCUGAUUAAUUUAGAAAAAUUAGUUUUAACAAAUAACACCAAACAUACAUAUUGUACAUUGUCGUAUUUAUUUAUUUUUAGUUGUGAUUGUACAGUUCUUGAAAUGCUAGUGGCUCAUGUAUUAAGCCUGAUACGUAUUAUUUUUUACGUAAUUUAACUCAAGCUAACAGAUUGCUGGUAUGUUCAAUAAAGUUUCUGUUAAUCAAGCAGUUUUUUUUAAUGAAUCAGAAAAUCAGUAAGUAGCUGUGAGAACUAUUUAUUCCUCCAAACUCACUCUUAAGUAUAAAAUAGUCACUGUGGCCAAAAUAGUGUUAAUAUCAUUCUUUAGGCAUUAUUUUGGGCAUAUGAGCGUAUUCAGUUUUUUUUAUUAUUUUUUUAACCAAGACCACAAACAAAAAUCCAUGGACAGAAAGGGAAAAAAAGGACGGUGUUUGACAGACUCACAAAAGACAAACAAAUGUAGUUAAAGAAAUGUAGUAAAAAAUACACAUGACAUUGAUGGA